GAAGUCAUUAACAAAAAAAAAAAAAUAGAAUAAAAUAUCUUUGAUACAACUCAAAAACACUAUCUACCGUUUUUUCAAUUCGGUUUGUUCUAGCGUAUUGGCAGUGUUUAAAAAGCCAGCCGGGCCCAUAAAACCCCAAGCGUUGCUGGUGUUGGUUUCUAUAAUAGAUUAUCUCCCGUGGGGCGUUCUUAUUAUUAUCGCUUUGACUUUCUCGGUGACCGGCCACUACGUAGAUUUUGGGUUCACUGCGUUUGUUGGCUAUACUUAUUGUACCGGAUAGAGUCUUGUAUCCAAAUGGCGAAGGAUAAUCUAACUGCUGUGUUGUAUGGGAUUGAAGAUCUCCGCUUGGAACAACGUCCCAUCCCCAUACCGAAGGACGAUGAGGUGCUGCUGGAGAUGGACAGUGUCGGAAUAUGUGGAUCCGACGUGCACUAUCUGACCAAUGGUCGCAUCGGAGAUUUCAUCCUCACGAAGCCGAUGGUGAUCGGACACGAAGCUUCCGGUGUUGUUAGCAAAGUAGGAGCUAGCGUUAAGAAUCUCAAACCCGGUGAUCGCGUUGCAAUUGAACCGGGACAUGGCUGUCGAGUUUGUGAAUUCUGUAAAACCGGUCGGUACAAUCUAUGUGCUGAGAUGAUUUUCUGCGCGACGCCACCGUACGAUGGCAAUUUGACUCGGUACUACACGCACCCUGCCGAUUUCUGCUACAAGCUCCCGGACCACGUCACCAUGGAAGAAGGGGCCCUGCUGGAGCCGCUUUCAGUUGGAGUUCAUGCAUGCAGGCGAGCUGGUGUCGGUCUCGGUUCUCGCGUUCUGGUACUAGGAGCUGGACCGAUCGGAUUGGUAACGUUGAUUACGGCGAGGUCUAUGGGCGCUGGAAGAAUAGUUGUAACCGAUUUGCUACAAAACCGCCUGGAUGUAGCAAAAGAACUUGGGGCUGAUGCGACCUUGGUCAUCGAAAAAGGAGUCUCAGAGCAGGAUGUAGUUAAGAAAAUACAUGCCCUUUUCGGUGGUACCGCACCAGAUAAGACGAUCGAUUGCAGCGGAGCUGAGGCAACCAGUAGACUGUCGAUUUUGGCAACAGAAUCGGGCGGUUGUGCUGUUCUUGUAGGAAUGGGCCCUCCGGAAGUUAAGCUGCCCUUGGUCAAUGCUUUGGCACGAGAGGUUGACAUCCGUGGCGUGUUUCGUUACUGCAACGACUAUCCGGCAGCGCUCGCUCUGGUGGCCAGCGGCAAGAUCAAUGUGAAACGUCUGAUUACGCACCACUUCAAUAUCGAAGAAACGGCCGAAGCUUUCAACACGUCCCGGCAUGGGCUGGGAGGGGCAAUCAAAGUUAUGAUCCAUGUACAACCUCGCGACAAGAAUAACAAAAAAUAAAUAUCCGAGUAUAUAUUUA